AUGGCUAGCAGAGCUCCAGUCGCACUCAUUACAGGUGGCUCAUCAGGCAUUGGCCUUGCCCUCACAAAAUAUCUCCUCUCUCGAUCGUGGCACGUCUUCAUCGCCGACAUUAAUCCUCCUCCUCCUUCUGAACUCUCCGAUUACCCAUCCUCGACUCAUCAUUUCCACGUCACGGACGUUUCAUCCUGGGAUGCUCAGUCAGAAGCGUUCGCAACAUGCUGGUCCACCUUUGGCCGACUCGAUUUCUGCGCCUUGAACGCAGGCAUUGACGACCGCGAUGAUAUAUUCAACUCUACAAGCAACGACCUCAACACCCCACCAACGAAACCGAAUAUGAAGACUUUUGAAGUUAACUUGUACGGUCCAUAUUAUGGUGUCAAGUUAGCUGCUCAUUACAUGGCAUUGAACAAGCCUUUUAGUGGUAAAGGCGACGGUAAAGGCGGUAGGAUAAUCAUCACGGCAUCUGAUGCUGGACUUUGGGCUUUAUCGGCUAUACCACAAUAUACAGCUACUAAACAUGCUAUUGUGGGUCUGGUCAGAGCAUUGGCGCCUUCAGCUACUGAAGCCGGUGUCUCCAUUAAUGCCGUUGCGCCUGCACUUACACCAUCCAACCUCGCGCCUGCUGGGUUACUCGAAAGCUAUCCGAAAGAGGCGUUGACGAAGAUGGAAACAUUGAUGAAAGCAUUCGAUGUGUUGGGCAGAUUUGACGAUGUUGAAGCUGAAGCAUGGGGUGCUCAGGAACCUCAUGGAAAGGUUAUGGAAGGCAGAGGUGACGAUAUUCAUUACAAGGGGGAGAUAGAAAAGACGGGUGGGAGAGAGGUACCAAAAGGUGAGUCUUAG